AUGGAUGGUAACUUGCCAUUAAGAUUUGAUGAAAUACCUGAGACAAGACGCAUACAAAAAAUACAUGCAACUGAUAAAGAUUUCGAAACUAUUGCGCAGCGAUCGUACGGAGAAGUAAAAAGGGACUUUAGUGAUCAGGAUGAUGAUAUACGAGAUCCCGAUUAUUACAAUGACCACGAUUCAACUUCAGAAAUAGAAAAUUAUGAAGGACUUAUGGAAAAGGUGUGUGAGAUAUUUGCCUGUGAACCGGAACAAGGGCAGGGAUUUGGAAAAUUAGAACACCUGGCAGCACCUCAGUUCAAUUUCUGCCCAGCUGGAGCUGCUGCCGACAGACCCGAGACGAGGUUCACAUGGUAA